ACCCCUGUGGAAGCAUCCGAAGCAGACAGAGCGAUAGAGUGCUAUUGUUGCCUACACAUGUAUCCGCUUCAUAGGAUAUGUCGACAGGCAGCUAUUAUUUAUCCUUUGCCUAUGCAUUUUUUGUUGUUUGCAAUUACAUUGUAGGGUUUAAACUAUAACCCUUUAUUUUAGCAUGAGUCCACGAGAACGGAUAACCCGCUUUAAUCGGUGUUUUGCAUAUUCCUUGCUGAGUCUGUGUCUGUAUUUGACAGUCGUUAUCUGCUGUGUUGUGUCUGUUGUAUCUGGUCACGUAGAUGCUGCCGAGGAGCAGAGACCGAGCGCUCAGGAGAACAGCCACAGAAUAGAACACAGAGAGAGCUAUGAGAUUACAUAUCCACACUGGUUGCAGCCUGCAAGACACAGGAGGUCCGUCCAUGGAGAGAAGCACCCGUCUGAGGCAGAGGUCCUCAUCACAGCUGAGGGAGAGGAGAUGACACUCCGUCUGCACAGGAAUGAGCAGUUAUUGGCCCCCGGAUAUCAGGAGAUAUGGUACAGUCCCAGUGGUUCCCGCCAGACCUCCAAUCCACCCAGCACUGGCCACUGUUUCUACCAUGGUGACGUCCGUGGUGUGAAGGGGUCAAGUGCAGCACUCAGCACCUGCUCAGGUCUCAGGGGACUGAUUACGGUGAACACCAGCGUCAGCUACCUGAUAGAACCCCUGCCCGCUGUCACCAUGGAUACACAGCCUCCUCACGCUGUGUUCCGAGCCAAGAACCUUCGUCUGCCUAACGGAACUUGCGGGCAUCACCAUAGCAACCAGGGCCAGGGGGAGGGUCUGGGUGACCUCAUCCGGGGAAUGAUGAUGGCGCGGGGCGGAAGGGAGCGUAGAGAUGUGGGCCAGAGUAUGAAGUAUGUAGAGCUGCUGCUGGUAGCUGACCAUGCUGAGUUUCAGAAGCACGGUGGGGACUUAAAUAGGACGAAGACGAAACUGCUGGAGGCAGCUAACUACGUAGACAAGUACUACAAGUCUCUAAGUAUUCGUGUGGCAGUGAUCGGUCUGGAGGUGUGGUCUGAUCAGGACAGGAUCAGUGUGUCUGGUAACCCCUACAGUACCCUGGGAGCGUUCCUGGCUUGGAGACGCAAACAGCUACACACACUACCUAACGACAACGCUCAACUCAUCACGGGCGUGGCGUUUCAGGGCACCACCAUUGGGCUGGCCCCUCUCAGAGCCAUGUGCUCAGAGUACCAGUCAGGGGGAAUCAACUCAGACCACUCUGACAGUGCUGUGGGCGUGGCAGCGACCAUGGCCCACGAGAUGGGGCAUAACUUUGGCAUGAGCCAUGACAGCCCUGGGUGCUGCCAGGCCAAGGCUGAUGAUGGAGGCUGCAUCAUGGCUGCUGCCACUGGCCACCCGUUCCCACGUGUGUUUAAUGGCUGUAACCACCGGGAGCUGAGCAGGUACCUGAGCUCCGGAGGGGGGAAGUGUCUGUUCAACCUCCCCAACACCAGAGCCAUGUACGGGGGACAGCGCUGUGGGAACGGGUACCUGGAGGACGGAGAGGAGUGUGACUGUGGAGACGAGAAGGAGUGUUCCAGUCCCUGCUGUAAUGCCAACAAUUGUACUCUAAAGGCUGGAGCAGAAUGUGCCCACGGAGUCUGCUGUCACAACUGUAAGUUGAAGAGUCCAGGUGUGUUGUGUCGUACUCCAACAGGGUCAUGUGACCUACCUGAGUACUGUGAUGGGAAGGCGGAGUCUUGUCCUGCUAACUUAUACCUGGUAGAUGGUACUUCCUGUGAUGGGGGGCGGGCCUACUGCUACACCGGCAUGUGUCUCACCCUGGAGCAGCAGUGUCAAUCACUUUGGGGGCGGGAUGGCCGUCCUGCUCUAGACCUGUGCUUUAAGAAGGUGAACGAGGCAGGAGACACCUUUGGGAACUGUGGCAAAGACCUGUUGGGGAAAUACAAAGGAUGCAGGGACAGGGAUGCUAGAUGUGGUAAGAUCCAGUGUGUGAGUUCAGCCUCCAAGCCCCUGGAGACUAACGCUGUUCCCAUUGACACCACGGUCCGGGUGGGAAGCAAGAAGGUCCUCUGUAGGGGGACACAUGUUUACCGACCAGGCCAGGGGGACGAGGAACAGGGGGACACACUGGACCCAGGACUGGUCAUGACCGGGACCAAGUGUGGAGAGGACUCGAUCUGUUUCGGUGGAGAGUGUCGCAACGCGUCUUUCCUGAGGGCGGAUGAGUGCAAUGCCAAGUGCCAUGGCCAUGGGCUGUGUAACAACAACCACCACUGCCAUUGUGACUCAGGCUGGGCUCCUCCCUUGUGUGACCAGGAGGGGACAGGAGGGAGUGUCGACAGUGGACCUGUCAUCAACCACAGCAGUCUACUUCCUGUCCUGUUGCUCCUCCCCAUGGUUCUCUUUGUCCUAGUGGCUGCUGUGGGACUGUGGUGCUGCUACAGCCAUAAACUACAUAAAAACCUUCCUCUGAAGACCUCAGUCCCACCACCCAAGACAAUUUGCCCAGUCAGUUGGCCAGUCCCUGCUGAAGCCAAACAUCUACAAGCCAACAGUCUUGAAAACUGUCACCUUGACAACAGCCAUGCCAACGGCCAUGCCAACCCUGCCUUCCUGCUGAAGAGACAGGGCUCAGACAGACUGAGUCAGUCCAGUCCUCGUCCCAGCCCCUCCACCAGAACCAGGCACGCUAUCUUCCGUCCGACUGUGAAACCCCCUCCUAUACCUGCUUACGCAGCCCAGCAGAGACAGGCUCAACCCCAGCUCCAGUCUCAACCUCAGCCCCAGUCUCAACCCCAGCUCCAGUCUCAACCUCAGCCCCAGUCUCAACCUCAGCCCCAGUCUCAACCUCAGCCCCAGUCUCAACCCCAGCCUCAACCCCAGCCCCAGUCUCAACCUCAGCCCCAGUCUCAACCCCAGCCUCAACCCCAGCCCCAGUCUCAACCUCAGCCCCAGUCUCAACCCCAGCCCCAGUCUCAACCCCAGCCCCAGCCUCAACCCCAGCCCCAGCCCCAUUCUCAACCUCAACCCCAGCCUCAACCCUCCCUCCACCCCAAGCCCCAACCCUCCUUCCAGUCCAAGCCCCAACCCUCCUUCCAGCCCAAGCCCCAACCCUCCUUCCAGCCCAAGCCCCAACCCUCCUUCCAGCCCAAGCCCCAACCCUCUCUCCAGCCCCUGCCACAUCCCAAGCAUAAACCUCCCAUCCCCAGCUACCUAGCCCAGCAGAAAGGACCCCUUCCUCCAGCCAUCCUGCCCCCCAAGCCCCACUCAACACCUCACACACACAGACCUGACCCCCCCAACAGACCCUCACCCCCCUGCCCACUCACCAAACCCAAAAUACCAUCAGACGUGUUACAGAGAAGAAAGUCCAAUCUGGCGCCACCUGGUGGACAUAAGAAACCCAGCAGAUCCCAAAACAACAUCUCAGGGAGGAGACGAGGACCAACACUGGACAACGGAGCUCAGUGAGAUUACUGAGACAUCUAACUGGAAAUCUCUUCUCUCUCUGUGAGCUGCGUCUUUUCACCAAGGUUGUCCAAAGAGGAACAUCACCGUGAGCCUUUCUGAAGAAAAUGACAUUGUAGGAAAGGAGAGAGGAGGGCCACGGCUGGACACACAGGGUCCAAAAUGGUAUUGGAAAUAGGGUUCCGUUUCAGAUCUGUCCAGGGAUGCCAUUACUAUAGAAAUAUACUAAUGCUAGCCUGGUAGCCUCUGUUUGCCAGGCUCAGUGUUUGUAUUUCAUUCCAACAACAAAGACAAAGGAGUUGCCUGAUGAACAAACAUCUCUGGCUACUAGGCUAGCUGCCAGGCUAUGUCUUGCCUUACCACUUGAAACCAGGCGUCCUGUAUACUUGUAAUAUUUAAGAAUGGACUUUAUCGACUGAUUUAGUUCUUGUAGAUGGUACCUUAUACCAUGGGUUAACAGUAUCAUGUGUUGAUAUGCUGUUUCAGGUCUAUUUAUUUGCAACGCUUCAGAGCAAAGAGACUCGUGUUUAAAGUGGAUGUACUGUAUAUUGUUUCUACAAGAGCACGAGUCUUAAGGGAACAUCUUAUGUUAAGAAAACGCCUUGUAUUGAAUGAUGCUUAAUGCUUCUAGUAUGUGAAUAAACGAUAGACUGGAAUUAUAAGGACACAAACAUGCAUGUUAUUAUUGCUACAUGUGUAUGCCUAAGAUGAAGGACAUCUCAAAUGUAGCAAUAACUAUUUGAAAAUGACAUUGUUUUGUUAUGACUGUUUUUGUAAUGUAUUUCCUGUGUAUUGCACAUUUGAUUUGAUUUGAUUUGAUGUUCUUGUUGUGUUGGUUCUAAAUUCUGGUUUUCUGACUGAAUGGAUGAAUGGAUAUUUGGACACCUGGAAGGUUUUGUUCCUGUGUAACUACAUACAGUAUGUUAUCUUUUGAAAUGUGAUGCACAGGACAGCAGAGUCAACACAAUUAUAGUCAGGCCCAUAAAAUGAAUUUAUAUCAAAUAAUCUGGUUUUCCUUGAUUGUUGAAAUUCCCCAUCCACCAUGAGACCUAUGCAAACAGUGUGCCUUCAGUUUGAUUUUAAAUAAAGAGCUUAGAAACAGGA